CUCGUCUACUUGCAAGGGAAACAGCUGGAUAAUGAGGAAGUUGGGUCAAUCUCGUGGGGAGGGGUGGAUUUAUCUCCUGAAGCUGUUUCCGGACUUUUUAGCUCCACAAUGCCGACUACUGUUUAUUUGGAGGUUCCAAAUGGUGAAGAGUUGGCCAAGUCUCUACAUUCAAAGGGCGUUCCUUAUGUAAUGUACUGGAAGAGCUCGUUUUCGUGCUAUGCAGCUAGCCAUUUUCGCAAUGCAUUAUUAUCCGUAAUACAAAGCUCAUCGUGCCAUACAUGGGAUGCAUUUCAACUAGCUGAUGCCUCCUUUCGGCUUUACUGUCUUCGCAAUAAUUGUGUCCUCCCUCAUGGCAAGGAGGUCGAUGAUGAGUUGGGCCCUAAUCUUUUCGGGGAGCCUCCUAGGAUCACUGUCGACGUUCCUAUGAUUGAGGAUGCAGCGGAAGAUGAAGAAAGCACUUCUGGUUCCCUUCCUGAGAUAAAGAUAUAUGACGAUGAUGUCAAAAUGAGGUUUCUCGUCUGCGGAGUGGCUAACUCCUUGGAUGCUUGCUUGUUGAGUCCGUUGGAGGAUGGUUUGAAUGCCCUCCUCAGUAUCGAAAUGCGAGGGAGCAAACUCCACAAUCGGGUUAGUGCCCUUCCUCCACCCCUCCAAGCUGGCACAUUUUCUCGGGGUGUCGUGACAAUGCGAUGUGAUCUGUCAACCAGUAGUUCAGCUCACAUUUCUCUUUUGGUAUCGGGGAGUGCUCAGACAUGUUUUGACGAUCAGCUGUUGGAAAAUCAUAUAAAGAGUGAAAUCAUUGACAAGAGCGAGCUGAUCCACGCACUGCCGAAUUCUGACGAAAACAAACCGCCCACAUCCGAGCCUCGAAGGUCAGUCUCGGUAGCGUGUGGAGCAGCAGUAUUUGAAGUCUGUAUGAAGGUCCCGUCGUGGGCUUCACAGAUUUUGAGGCAACUAGCACCCGAUGUUUCGUAUCGUAAUUUAGUCGCCCUCGGAAUUGCCAGCAUCCAGGGAUUAGCAGUAGCUUCAUUCGAGAGAGAAGAUGCAGAACGGCUCAUAUUUUUCUGUUCGAGGCUUGGGGAGAAUGGUUUCUCGAAUAAUCUAAAAAUCCGAAGCCCUCCUUCCUGGUUAAAGCCACCUCCUCCUAGUCGAAAGAGGCCCUCUAUAUGCCACGAACUAAACACCAGCGUCGCAAACGGGACCUUCAUAAAAAAAGAGGAGAAUGAGCUUGUGUUAUCCAACGGAGUCACCUUGCCAAGUACGACUCAUAGACGAAGUAUCAAGAUAGCUGCCUUGAGGCCCAUCCCUCAUGUUCGUCACCAAAAGAUGCUUCCGUUUUCUAGAAUUUCGGAGGCAGAUGUGCACAAUGGAGGCCCAGUGAAGGCUAACUUGCCUCCUCCUCCGCCAAAACAUAAUGCUGGGACGACACCAGCCUCCCACCGGAAAUCAACUUCAACUUCAUUAGCUAAGCAGGUCAUAUCUUUAAAUCCUCUCCCUCUAAAGAAGCAUGGUUGUGGGAGAAGCCCGUUGCACGUGUGCUCUGAGGAGGAGUUCCUCAAAGAUGUGAUGCAAUUCCUCAUCCUUCGAGGGCAUACUCGUCUUAUCCCUCAAGGGGGCAUUGCCGAGUUCCCAGAUGCCAUACUAAAUGCAAAGCGCCUCGACCUAUUUAACCUGUACCGGGAGGUUGUCACACGAGGGGGUUUCCACGUCGGGAACGGCAUUAACUGGAAAGGACAGGUUUUCUCAAAGAUGCGCAAUCACACGGUCACCAAUAGAAUGACUGGGGUCGGAAAUACGCUCAAACGGCACUAUGAAACAUACCUUUUAGAAUACGAAUUGGCUCAUGACGAUGUGGAUGGCGAGUGUUGCUUAUUAUGCCACAGUAGCGCGCCGGGAGAUUGGGUCAACUGUGGUUUGUGCGGGGAGUGGGCGCAUUUCGGCUGCGACCAACGCCCCGGUUUGGGCGCCUUCAAAGAUUAUGCCAAGACAGAUGGACUGGAAUACAUAUGCCCACAAUGCAGUGUUUCAAAUUACAAGAAAAGGAUGAACAAAUCAGGAAAUGGAUAUUCUUGAGUCUUUCCAUAAUUCUUUAUGACCCCUCAUAUUUUGGGUUAUUACAUUCUACUCUAUUUUGUGUGGAGAAAAUGUAUUUUCCAAUUUCCCCUCUCAUUUUACUGCAGAGAAGACCCGCUCGGAAAGGGGUGAGAUGCCAAAUAUUGAAUACAUGGUGGGGAGGAAAAUGUAAUUUGGGGAAAACUUUAGGUGGUAGGAAGUGCUCCCAAAAGAGGAAAUUUGUGGGGGCUAAUUGGAUAUAAUAGCCAAAUUAGUUGCUUAAUCUGUAAUUAUAUGGUUUUUGAGACAAGAUAUUUUGUAGCUUUUGUAGUUUUAUUGGAAAAUGUUAUUUACAUA